AUGGCUGAAUCUGCUGUUUUGCGUCACUCAUAUUCGUUCGCAUCUCCUCUUUCUCGUCAUGAAUCUCAUCAGGAUAAUACUAUUCAUGCGCUUAGCCAGUCAGUCUCAUUUGGUAGGUUCAUGACAGAGAAUCUUGAAUGGGGAAAAUGGUCAAGUUUCUCCCACAAGAAGUAUGUUGAUGAAGCCGAGAAAUACUCUCAGCCUGGAUCUGUUGCUCAGAAGAAAGCUUUCUUUGACGCUCAUUACAAGAGAAUAUCUGAAGCCAAGAAGGCAAAAGCUGCUUCAGAUGAUAACUCAAAACAAGAACAACCAGAAACUGUUGCGGUCUUGCUGAACACUUUGGAGACAUUGACUAAAGAUGAGGCUAAAGAAGAAGAGAGCAGUGAAACUGAAUUAGUUAGUGAAGAGUUUGUGAUGUUGAAUAUUGAGAAAGAUGAAGAAGAACCAGAAAAAAAUAGUGUUAUAGUUUUGGAACAAGAAGACGUUGUGGUGGAUAAAGAUGAUUUGCAGGCUGUCGUUGAAGUGCUUGAUGAAACGAAACAGAAGGAGAAUAACAGAGAGGGUGGAGAGUUAUUGAAGAUGAGCUCCACUGAUGAAGAAAAAGAAGAAGUAAUCAAGAACUCAGCGGUGUUUAAAUUGGAAACUCCAGACAAAGCAAUGGAGCUUGUUGUCACACAGAAAAUAAGUGAAAAUUCGAUCAAGAACAAUGAAAAACCAGUUCGUCCAAGAUUCAAUUUCUUGAAGCUUUUGAUGGGAAACACAAAGGCUCAACGUCAAAACUCUAAGAAAAAGACUGAUAAGAAACCGAUCAGAGGUUUUAUAUGUCUUUGCUUCAACCCUGAGAUGGUUGGGGAAACAGAAGGGCCAACCAAAACACAGAGGAGGAACCUCUGA